AUGACUGACUUUGACAGCGCUGCUGCUGCUUUUACGCCCAUGUUCAGCACUAGCGCAAAGGACACAACAGCCUUUCAUACCUCGUCUGCACCCCUUGAUUUCCCCUGUCUUCCCGCUUCCCUCCUUGACCAAGCACCAGAGUAUGAAUAUUCGGUGCACACACGCAUGAACGUUUUUAAAACCUGCAACUACAGCUCCUACAUUCCCUCAUUCACCGCUACCGCAAAUAACACAUUCCUGCUCGCCCCUCGCAAUAGCACGCUGCCCAUGGAGUCAACUAGCGACUUUGAUGAUGCUGUUCUGGCCGCCAACGUUUCCGGUUUGACAUCCUUGACCGGUCCCUUGGUGGCUGCUUUGGCUGAUGCAGGUCCUCCAGUGCUUCAUCCAGGAUACGCAGCCAACAUGACACAGCAACAUCGACAGGGCCAGAGGCUCUCCCUCGAAGACGACGACAUGUACGAGGCGCAAUCCGGAUCAUCUCGUGCAGUGCAAGGAUCUCGAGAUGCCUUCGGGGCCAACAACCCUCCAUAUGGCCAUAUUAAGCCCGCUCUCCACGCACAUUGCAGCUUCACCACCAUGGCCGCCACAGCAGGCUUCUCUGCGUCCCAUUUCAACCCCGAGCUACGUCGGCUUUCGACAGGAGCGGGUCCAGGUCCAAACCGAGGUCCCAGCCGCGAUCCCGUUGUGCCAAGGCAGAACGUGGGACGUGCGCGUCUCAUGAGUUGGAAGAGCGGCCGUGCCGACGCGGGCGAACAGAAGCGACCGUGGAGCUCUCCCGACUCCAGAGAUGUCCAAAUUCACUUCUGCUCUGUCGAACCUAACAUAAAUCUCCUGCCUGGUGCAGAAUCUGGGGCUUCGCACGACGGUGAAAAUAAUGCACGUGGCACAAACUUCAACACCGACGCGUAA